AUGGUACUGGCAUUUUGUAGACGUGGUUCGGUUAUUCCCAUUUGUCUCUAUCUAUUGGUGGGGAGGUAUAUGAAGGAACGAAUCAGUGGAUUGAGGAAUGAAAGCUCGAAGACAAAGAGAACCGGGCUUUUCCAAAGAAUUACUGCAGCUUUCCCACUCCCUUUGAUUAUCAUAUACAAAAAAGUAUCUUCCACUUUCCUACCAAAUCUCUCUCUAUUCUGGCACAUAAAUGAAGGGAUCGAAGAUAUUAUGGCGGAUCAUGUUCACCAAGAAAUGACUCGAAAUUUGAUCUUGGUCUAUUUGAGAUUGUUUCUUUUAAUCGUAAUCAAAGAUGUUUUCUUGUCUCUCGUUUCUUUUCUGAACAAAUCGAAGAACCUAAUGGAUCGAACUCAUCCUUGGCUGCUACGAAAGAUAUCGGCUUUGCGUUUCGGAAGGAACGUUCUAAGUUGA